AUGGCCGUCCAGUCAACAUUACGGCGUCCAGAAGAUCCACUUCUGGCGCUGUAUCAACAUUACUCGGAUCUAAUACGAUCCAAGUUUCGCCGAACAUCCCAGACAACACGCUUGGUUGCAACAAUAGCCCUACUGCUCUCCAUAAUAGGCUCAGGGUAUGGCGGCUACAAAUGGUUCCGAGGGCGCGCAAAGGAACGAGCCCAGGGUCGCCGUCUAUUGCGCCGGAACUCGGGUAUCCGCGGUAAAGAUGGCUCCCGUACGAUCUAUGUGCCCUACAAGGGUACCCUGACCUCCAAGGUCCUGAUCCAUCCGACGAAGCCAACUACUUUCGAUGCCCACCGUCGUCUAUUCCUCAACCCUCCGGCAUCUGCCCGUAGCAAAGAUGACGGCUCGACAAGUCAGAUACCUCCGCCUACAACGAAACCAGGGUUGAAUCUGGCAUUCCUGCACCAGUUUCUGAGUCUGGGUAGUAUUAUGGUACCUAGAUGGGGAAGUAAAGAAACUGGUUUGCUGAUGAGCCAUGGACUCUUUCUCCUGUUGCGAACAUAUCUCUCCUUGUUGAUUGCACGACUCGAUGGUGAACUCGUGAGAGACCUUGUAGCUGGCAAGGGCAAAGCUUUCCUUUGGGGCAUUCUCAAAUGGUGUGGAAUUGGAACUCUGGCUUCAUAUACAAACGCCAUGAUCAAGUUCCUCCAAUCAAAGGUGUCCAUUGCAUUCCGCACACGGUUGACAAGGUAUAUCCAUGAUCUAUACCUAACCGACAAUAACAACUAUUACAAAUUGAUGAACUUGGACGGCGGAAUCGGGCAAGGUCCCGAUCAAUUCAUCACACAAGAUCUCACACUGUUCUGUUCGGCGGCCGCUUCACUUUACUCCUCAAUGGGCAAACCGCUUGUUGAUCUCUUCGUGUUUAACUACCAGCUGUAUCGCUCACUGGGUCCUCUGGCUUUGAGCGGUAUUCUGGCUGGAUACUUCAGCACGGCCGUCGUACUACGGAAACUUUCACCUCCGUUCGGAAAGCUCAAGGCAGUCGAGGGCAAGAAGGAAGGAGACUUCCGUGGUCUGCACUCCAGGCUCCUUGCAAAUGCUGAAGAGAUCUCCUUCUAUGGUGGCGCCGAUAUCGAGCGUGUCUUUCUGGUCAGAAGCUUCAAGGACUUGCAGAGAUGGAUGGAAGGUAUCUACAGCCUCAAGAUUCGAUACAACAUGCUGGAAGACAUGAUCCUUAAGUACUCUUGGUCUGCAUUCGGUUAUCUGGUUACUUCCCUGCCUGUUUUCCUUCCAGCCUGGGGCGGAAGUGGCGGUGCAACAGAGCUGGCCGAUGCACCGGAAGGCAUUGGCCGUGAGCGUGGUCGCAUGAAGGACUUUAUCACCAACAAGCGUCUGAUGCUUUCCCUAGCCGACGCCGGAGGUCGUAUGAUGUACAGCAUCAAGGACAUCUCCGAGCUAGCUGGCUACACGUCUCGUGUCUAUGGCCUCAUUGCCACCCUACACAGAGUUCACGCCGAUGCUUACUACACACCUCGCGGCUCACACCCCGAACUAUACUCCCUUGCCGAUUCACAAGGCACAACCCACAACGGCUUCGACGGGGUCCGCCUGGAGCAGGUCCCAAUUGUCGCCCCAUCACUCUACCCAAUGGGCGGCGAUGAACUCAUCGAAUCCCUCUCCUUCAUCGUCCACUCAGGUGACCACCUCCUAAUUUCCGGCCCGAACGGCGUCGGCAAAUCCGCCAUCCCACGGAUCGUAGCCGGUCUAUGGCCCGUCUAUCGCGGACUAGUUAGCCGGCCCCGAGGCUUCGGCAUAGACGGCAUAAUGUUCCUCCCUCAAAGACCAUAUCUCAGCGUCGGCACCCUACGCGACCAAGUAAUCUACCCACACACGGAAAUUGACAUGCGCGAGGCGGGCGAGUCAGACGCAGCACUUCAGAAAAUUCUUGAUGACGCCCACCUUGGCUACCUACCAAAUCGGGAAGGCGGCUGGGACGCGCGCAAAGAAUGGAAAGAUGUGCUCAGCGGCGGAGAAAAGCAGCGCAUGGGCAUGGCCCGCCUCUUUUACCACGAACCACGAUACGCAUUCAUGGACGAGGGCACUUCAGCCGUUUCUUCCGAUGUCGAGGGCUUGCUCUACGAGCGAGCGAAGGAACGAGGUAUUACACUGAUCACUAUCUCAACGAGAGCGUCAUUGAAGAAGUACCAUACCUACAACCUGACUCUUGGGCUUGGAGCUGAAGGGGAGGUCUGGGAGUUUGAGCGGAUUGGAACUGAGAAGGAGAAGUUGGGUGUUGAGAAGGAAUUGCAGGAGCUUCGGAAGCGUUUGGAUAAGGUGGAUGAAUUGAAGCAGCGUCGUGAUGAUAUCGAUCGUGAGCUUCAAAAGGUUUGGGCUAGUGGAGGCGAAGGUGAAAUUGCUCCUCCUCCUUAUCAAGAACAAGAUCAUUCUGGUUCUGAGGAGGCUGUUGAGGCUAUUGCUGAAGGGACUGCCAAUUGA